AUGGACUUAAUGUUACCGAAGGAGUCACAACAUCUCUGGUUGGCAGAGGAAAUCUCUCCGAGUGUGCCUUUGAAAAAUCCGAGAUCAACCGAAGCUGCUCUGAAGAUUCAUAAUGUCCCAUUUGAAUUGGAUGCCAGCUCGCUGAGACUUUUGAACCAACUUUACCACCAAAUGAAACUGACGUCUAUUUUCCCGGUGGCAGAUAUAUUCCAUUUAGCACAAGGGUACCCAUUUUUGAUGCACGCUGCACUGGCAUUAAGCGGUGCUCAUGACCGGUCUCUCUCCAUGGCAAUACGGAGUGGCCAAGGCCGAACUACGAGAGAGAUGACCCAUAUAUUUCAGUGUACAACUCUGCUCAAUCGCACGUUGUGCCAUGGAAUUUCUCCCGCAGACCGCGAUCCAAUAUGGGCUACUGCCUCGUUUUUGAGCAUUCUAUCUUUCUUGGCCCUUGACGAAUGCGACCCUUCCAAGGCAUGGCCCUUUAAACCCUCCGAGUCGGAUGAUAUGAGUUGGCUCCGUCUGGGCGACACAAAAUGGAAACUCUUCCAGCUCACCCAACCUACUCGACCGGACAGCAUCUUCUACCCCAUGUCGGACACCUACCAGAAGAUGCGUGCAUACAAAUCUACUAGUAGCAUUCACAGCAUAUUUCCAGAGCUCCAAUUCUUAUGCAGGCUGGAUGAAUACUCUCAACCUGAAACAAGCCCCUACUUUGAAGCUGCCGAAAUCAUCACCAGACUGGGCAAGUGGCCAGAUUGGCCGGCGGAGACUUCUGGAACUCUUAAUGUCGCAGCUGCCAAUCUCGAAGAUAUGAUGAGCUUGGAGCCGGAUUCCUUCAACCUUUGGCCAAUGCCUUUCCCAACCCUAGAACCCAUCCAAGACCUUGAUCUAUCACUUGUGGCGAAGGAGGACCCUGCCUCACUUCCCCCUUGGAGUGUAUUGUUGGAGUUGGUCUCCAAUUUCUUUCAAAAGCUGUACGCUCAUCUUCCAAUCAUACACAAAGGGCGGUUCAUGCAUGCGCUCGAAAGAGACGGAAUAGACGGCUCUUCUCAAGCUCUCCUAUAUGCAAUAUGCUCCAUCUCCGCAAAAACACACACGGACCCCGAUGUUAGAGAACGUCGAUCCCACUGGUAUGAAGCAGCAAAAAAGCUCGUGAGUGAGUCUAUAGCUGGCAAAAGCAAGGUCAUCGAGAGUCUUCAAGCCGCAGCUCUUAUUGUACAGCAAUCAUCGGAAAUGAUGGAGUUUUGCACCCCAUGGCAGUUGCUCGGCCUUGCCUGGAGAAAGGCUGUUCUGACAGGUUGUGCGCGUCUUGAUGGAAAAGCCCGUGUUCUGCCAAAAGAUUUAGGUGUACUUGAGACGGACUCAUGGAUUGAGAAGGAAGAAUGUCGAAGGACUCUCUGGACUCUUUUCAUCUUUGAUCGAUGUCUUUGCACGACGGAUUUGCCUCGGGCUAUCGACAAUCGGCAUAUCCUUGUCAAUUUGCCCAUGUCAGAGGAUGAGUUCCAGGCGGAUCAUGAGCCACUGGACUCGAACUCGAUUGGUUUCACUAUCAAUGUGGAUGAUCUGUGCUCCAGAUUGCAGCGGCAGACACUCCAGCGCAGGAGGACCGUCUAUCAAUAUCUUAUUGUGGCACAUCAUCUUCUUGGGCGUGUCGGAGAGGAACUUUAUCAACCUGACUUCGAUUAUAGCAAGGGUAGAGACACAUUGCAGUCGUUUACGUCAAAGUUGGUCAAAUUGAGGCUCUCAAUUCCUCGGCAUGCGAUUGAACUGUCUGCAGCCGACCCUAGAGACUUCCCCAUGGUUGUCUGGCUCAAUGCCGUCAUGGCAAACAUUGCUCUCUUACUCCAUCACCGGCCACUUCUCGAACACGAAGCCGAUGAGCGACCAGGCGACCAUUUUGAGAAUUGGCCUCAUUGUGUCGCUGCAGCGCGCAGCCUUGUUAACUGUCUCCGCGAUAUGUGUAGGACAUCAGUGGACUUUGCUAGUAACACAUUCCUUUUACCAUUGGUAUUUGUCUGUGCUAGGGUCCUACUGAUUGAAAAGUGCAUACCGUUCGGCCCGUAUUGCGAUCCAACAUACAUCUCUACUGUGAAGGAUGACCUCGAGAUACUGGCAUUUGCCCUCCGCCAUUUCAAAGAAGCUCUGGGGAAGCUGGGACGAAAAUACUACAAUGGGUUUAUCUACUUUUCAAGAUUCAAUGAGGAGCAGUGUCGGGCUGCGAAGAGGGGUGUAUUGUUAGAUAUGCUGAGGCCGUGUGAUCACUGGCCCGAUUACUCUGACGAAGAGGAAGCCUGUAUUUCAUGA